UUUUGCUCGAUAAGAUGCAUUUAGAUAUAUUGGCAGUUGCUAUAUUGCUUGUCUUUGUUUAAACAUUUUCGAGAUCGAACAGCAUCGCUUUAAUACGUUUAUUCUUCGUGAACCUGAAAAAUCAGUGUCGUAUCGAAAGGGAUUUGAUAAAGGAAACUGAGGAUCUAAGAAAUCUAUGACUAUUAGAUUUGUUCUGUGGAUAUUUUUUUACUGAAAAUGCAAAUAUAAUCCCAGCAAUCUUAGCAAAAUGUAUUAAUUAAUUGCUGCACAGUAUUGAAAAACAGAGGAUUUAUCUAAAUACCUGGAGAAAACAAGCACUAUCUUAAAGUCCUUCAAAGACAAUCCGAGUAGGCUAGCAUGUAAUUUUUUGACAGUCAUCCGGACAGGACGAAAGGAAGUCACCUGACAUUCGGCGUUUUCAGUCUCAUAAAGCUUGGUCUCGUAUUAACGUUUAUUGGAGGUUAAUGACUAUUAUGUAAACGUAUUUUCUAUGUGGUAGUAAGAGGCGAACAGUAUCCUGCUAUCUAAUCAGCUUCCGGAGCCCGUGCAUUAGCUGAAAUUUGACAAGUUAUCCAAGGGAGGAGUACUUGUCCAGGGCAGUUGCUUUUCAUCAUAACCGCUGUGCAUUUGCCACUUCACGUCACAAUGCACCCAAAUAUGUUCAAAUACCCAAAGAGUCCAGUAUGAAUGAUUUUGCAGUACUCGGCACCGGUCGGAAGAUGCCCCUCAUUGGACUGGGGACGUGGAAGAGUGAGCCCGGGAAGGUGAAGCAGGCGGUGAUCUGGGCUCUGCAGGCUGGCUACCGCCACAUUGACUGUGCCUCCAUCUACGGCAAUGAGGCAGAGAUCGGAGAGGCUCUGCAUGAGGCACUGGGGCCAGACAAGGGUUUGAAGAGGGAGGACGUGUUUGUCACCUCCAAGCUGUGGAACAACAACCAUCACCCAGAGGAUGUGGAGCCGGCCCUGCAGAAGUCGCUGAAGGAGCUGGGGCUGGAUUACCUCGACCUCUACCUCAUCCACUGGCCCUACGCCUUCCAACGUGGCAAGGACAGCUUUCCCAGGACAGAAGAUGGAACGCUGCUCUACGAUGACAUCGAUUACAAGGUGACGUGGGCGGCCAUGGAACGCCUUGUGGGGAAAGGUCUGGUGAGGGCGAUCGGGCUCUCCAACUUCAACAGCCGCCAAAUCGAUGAUGUCCUCUCCGUCGCCAGCAUCAAGCCAAGUGUACUGCAGGUGGAAGGUCAUCCGUACCUGUCUCAGGCGGAGCUGCUGGCGCACUGCCGCGAGCGUGGCCUGGUGAUGACGGCCUACAGCCCGCUGGGUUCCCCCGACCGGUUCUGGAAGCACCCCGACGAGCCCGUGCUCUUGAACGAGCCGGUCAUCUCCGCCCUGGCUCAGAAGUACAAGAGGAGUCCCGCGCAAAUCAUCCUCCGGUGGCAGACCCAGCGAGGUGUGGUGACGAUACCCAAAAGUGUAACGCAGUCACGCAUCGAAGAGAACAUCCAGGUGUUCGAUUUCACUCUGGAAGCAGAGGAGAUGAAGAGUAUAAUGGCGCUGAAUAAAGGCUGGCGCUACAUUGUGCCUGUCAUCACAGUCGAUGGGAAGCCUGUUCCUAGAGAUGCUGGACAUCCUCACUACCCCUUCAGUGACCCCUACUGACCACUCUGUUACAUGCCUACAUUGUGCCUUUGGGACCACUCAUUGCUCCCCUCUUGUCAUUUAUAAAAAAAUAUAAUAAAGUUUCUGUUUUUUUCCCAAUACAA